AUGAAGUCCAUCCUAGGCAUGGCCCUCUGGGUCCUAACCCUUCUCAACAUCGCCCUCGGCGCCGAAGUCGUCCCCCGCGCAACCUUCACCGAGGUGACGGACUACGGCUCGAACCCGACAGGCACGCGCAUGUGGCUCUACGUGCCGCAGAAUCUCGCCGCCAAGCCCGCCAUCGUCGUGGGCAUCCACUGGUGCAGCGGCAGCGCGCAGGCAUACUACCAGGGCAGCCAGUGGGCGCGGUACGCCGAGACGUACGGGUAUAUCGUGAUCUACCCGCAGACGCCGUACACGCGCGACAACUGCUGGGACGUGGCGAGCAAGAUGACGCUGACGCACGGCGGGGGCGGCGCGAGUAACUCCAUUGCGAAUAUGGUGAGCUUUGUGAUUGCGCAGUAUGGGGCGGAUAAGAGCAAGGUGUAUGCGACUGGUAUCUCGUCUGGUGCCAUGAUGACGAACGUACUGGCGGCGACAUAUCCCGACGUCUUCGCAGCCGGCAUCGCCUACGCGGGCGUUCCGGCCGGCUGCUUCAUGUCCGCGGACGACAUCCCCGACUUUUGGAACUCGACGUGCUCGACGGGCCAGUCCAUCUGGACGCAGCAGCAGUGGGCCAACGUCGUGAACAACAUGUACCCGGGGUACACGGGGGCGCGGCCCAAGAUGCAGAUUUAUCACGGCGCGGCGGACGAAACGUUGAACGUGCAGAACUACUACGAGACGAUCAAGCAGUGGACGGGUGUGCUUGGGUACUCUGCGACGCCGCAGUCGUCAGUGGCAAACUUCCCCAGGAGCCCGUAUACCAAGUACGUGUUUGGGGAUAAGUUGCAGACGUUCCUGGGUACGGGCGUGACCCAUUCGAUUGAUGUGUUUCCGGAAGAAGACCUCAAGUGGUUCGGUUUCGUGACGCCGGUGAGCUCAUCAGCUGCUGCGACGGUUCCUGCGACGACGAGCCGCGCAUCUACGACGCUGCGAACCUCCACGGCGGCAGCGACAACGACCACGGCAGCCGGAGGAUCCGGGACGGCACCUCAGUGGGGACAGUGCGGCGGGAUUAACUGGACGGGACCGACUGCGUGCGCGAGUUCGUUCACGUGUGUCAAGGUCAAUGACUGGUACUCGCAGUGCCAGUAG